AUGCGCUCCGCCGCGAGGACUUUCUACCUGGCGGUGUUCGCAUUGUUUAUCUCGGCUCAUGCCGGCACCAACGACGCAGGGCAAUCGUCUCCUUAUUCCCCUCAUGCGUGCGCUAUCGAUCCCAAGGCGACCGUCUCUGAUACGUGCGCCAGCUAUGCCACCCUCGAUACGAUGAACGAUCAGAUCCACCCCUUGCUCCAAUCCCUCACUCGGGACACGGACUUUUUCUCCUAUUACCGCCUCAACCUGUUCAACAAGGCCUGUCCCUUCUGGUCGGACGAAAACAGCAUGUGCGGGAAUAUCGCCUGCUCGGUGAACACCAUCGAUUCGGAAGAAGACAUACCACCCGUCUGGCGUGUCGAAGAGCUGAGCAGGCUGGAGGGUCCCAAAGCCGGCCAUCCGGGGCGGCAGCAGCAGGAGGAGCGGCCCAAGACCCGACCCCUGCAGGGAAUGCUGGGUGAAGAGGUCGGAGAGAGCUGUGUGGUUGAGUACGACGAUGAAUGUGACGAACGAGACUACUGUGUCCCUGAGGACGAAGGGGCCACGGCCAAGGGCGACUACGUCAGUCUCGUAGACAACCCUGAGCGGUUUACAGGCUACGCGGGCCCUGGAGCCCAUCAGGUCUGGAAUGCCAUCUACCAGGAGAACUGUUUCCUGAAGCCUCUGGCCCAAUCUCUGACUCCCUUCUCUCCUUUACAAGGCCUGGAAGUCCAGGCGGCCAAUGACUUCCGGAGUGUUUUGCACAAGGAUCUACAACAUCUACCGUUGGAUAAUGAAUGCCUUGAGAAGCGCGUUUUCCACCGGAUCAUUAGCGGCAUGCAUGCGUCCAUCUCGACCCAUAUCUGCUGGGAGUACUUCAACCAGACCACCGAGGAGUGGGGACCCAACGUGCAGUGCUACAAGGAUCGCCUGCACAACCAUCCGGAACGGAUCUCGAAUCUGUACUUCAACUACGCGCUGGUAUCCCGUGCCGUCGCCAAGCUCCACAAGUACCUCCAGGAGUAUGAGUUCUGCUCGUUUGACCCUGAGCAGGAUAUCGAUACCAGGACGAAGGUGCUGGCCUUGACGGAGCAGUUGGUAAGCCGGCCGCAGAUCUUCGACGAGACGGCGAUGUUCCAGGAUCCCACCUCCGUCGGGUUGAAGGAGGAUUUCCGCAAUCGAUUCCGUAAUGUUAGCCGCCUGAUGGACUGCAUCGGGUGCGAUAAGUGCCGCCUGUGGGGGAAGCUCCAGGUCAAUGGCUACGGGACCGCGCUGAAGGUGCUGUUCGAGUACGACGAGAGCGAGAACGGCGAGAACCCCCCACUGCGGCGUACGGAGCUUGUCGCUCUCAUCAACACCCUGGCACGCAUUUCCAACAGUCUCGCGGCGGUGCGCAGUUUCCGGAACGCCGUCGAGUCUGGUCAUGAAGACCGCAUUGUGAUCCAUCCGGCGGUAUCGUCGUCGCCCGGCAAGCGCUCGUCCGACUCGUCGGAUGCGAAACCCCUCCGCUUCUACAAGGAUGGCGGGUCGACCUUUUAUGUGGAGGAGGAUGAAGAUGAUUUCGGAUACGAAGAUGACGAGCUGCCGUGGGAGCAACGGAUGGAGACGGACAACGUCAUGGACUCGAUCAAGCAGGAGUUCCUCGUGGUUUGGCGGACAUAUCUCUGGGUGUUGAAGAGCUGGCUGAACAUUCCCAAGCUAGUACGCAAAGGAGAGGCGUUUCACGGGCUGUAUUUACUGGGGAUGCUGUAUGUGGCGGAUGCAGCAACUCACAUGACAAGGGUAAUCAAUCAUAUGCGGGCUUGGGCCGUGUUCUCGGCAACAGGGCCGGCGAGUUCGUCCUCGGCAUCUCCCCAGCCGCUGUUCCCCGCUAGUUUGCCGUCAUCCGCCAUUCGAUCUUUCUCUUCCCCAUGCCCUCUCCGCCUCGUCCAUUCUUCCUCCCGACCAUCCCGUCGUGCUCUCAUCCACCCUGAGGGUUCGACUCGAUUGCUCGAUGCCAGGAGGCUGCUGAGAAGAGCGCGCGGUGACUCCAUGGCGUCCGUAUCGCCACCCAAGCCCUGGGAGAGAGCGGGAGCUGGGGCAACGGCAGGCUCCCCGUUAGCCGCAGCUCCCGCCAGCAGUAAUAGCAGCAGCACAAACACUUCGACGGCUGUCGCGCCGGCAACUCCCAGUUCUCCAUCGUCGACAACUCCAUCUUCCAGCAACAGUGGAUCGUCGACUCCGCCCAAUCUUCCAUCGCGACCGAGCAGUUUGAAUGCUGUCGUGAAUCGAACCGCAUCGAACUAUUCGCCGUACGGCGCAUCACGGUUUGGAGCUUCCCCGUACGGCGCAUACGGUGCCUAUGGCAGCUAUUCAUCGCCUUAUUCUCGUUUUGGCUCAAUGUAUGGUGGUUACGGGGGCUACGGGGGCAUGUAUGGAGGCAUGGGAGGCAUGUACGGGGGCAUGCCGGGUGAUCCUAACGAUCCCAACAGCUUGACGCAUUCGUUCAGCCAGAGCACCGCAGCCACCUUUCAGAUGAUUGAGAGCAUCGUAGGCGCAUUUGGUGGAUUUGCGCAGAUGCUCGAGAGCACGUACAUGGCCACCCACAGCUCGUUUUUCGCGAUGGUGUCGGUUGCAGAGCAGUUCGGCCAUCUCAGAAACACCCUGGGUUCGGUCCUGGGUAUCUAUACCAUGAUCCGGUGGGUCAAGACGCUGAUCGCGAAACUCACCGGCCGUCCACUGCCCGCCGAUGCCACGUCCCUCACCCCCUCCGCCUUUUCUGCCUUUCUCCAAGGCCGGUCAGCCCCGGCCACUCUCCCAGAUGGCAGCCCGGCCCCGCCUCGCCCGUCGAGGAAACCGUUCGUUAUGUUCCUUCUCGCAGUGUUUGGCUUGCCCUACCUGAUGGGUAAACUGAUCCGUGCUCUGGCUCGGUCGCAAGAGGAGGAAGCCAGACGCCAGCAACUGUUGAUGGGUCCGAAUGGAGAACAACAGGUGACUCCCUUGGAUCCUUCCAAGUUGGAUUUCUGCCGGGUUCUGUAUGACUACACUCCAGAUGCCCAGAACACUGCCGGCAUUGAUCUGGAGGUGAAGAAGGGCGACAUAGUCGCCGUGCUGAGCAAGUCUGAUCCAAUGGGCAAUCCCUCUGAAUGGUGGCGGUGCCGGGCGCGGGAUGGCCGAGUCGGAUACCUGCCCAGCCCGUAUCUCGAGACCAUCCAGCGACGACCGACGCCAGCGGCCAUCACGGCGGGUUCCAGCGCGAGCAGCAGCCGGACUGCGACCCUGACCAACAAGGGAGCAGAGCAAGCGCGCUCGCAGAGUCUGUCCACAACGGAUAAGACGAAGGGGGAGGAGAGCAAACCCGAGAUCAAGAGCAAGAUGGGCGACAUCGCGCCGGAAAGCUUUCAAAAGGGCACUUUUUACCCAUGA